AUGCGAAUAAUGAGGAGUUCCAGAAACCUGGGGCAGACCGGCUGUUCGCAGAGCCGGGGGGAACCUGAAGUCGUGUAUAUAGGCCGGGACCAAAUGCGAUCUUUGCGCGGAACAUCAGCCGGGCUGAGCUGGAUCUUCCCGCAGCCCGGGCUGGCGGGUUCUGGCAGUCUUCCGGCGAUCGAGAGCACAGGAGUGAAGUGGAGAGGACGGGCCGCCAGACCCACGUUCCGAAGCCUCCCCGCAGCUGGCAGUCGGGAGGCGAGCUCCAGAAGGGGCCCCGGCCGCGUCUCGACGGCCCCUCCAUCUCAGAGCGGACUCCUCCUUUUCCAGGGAACCAACCGCCUGAGUUUCCUGGAAACCGCCGCAGCCGAGCAAUUCGAGUCGUGUGGCAUCGCAGUCCUGCCUCUUCUCGGAAGGAAGACUCUUCUAAGCGCUGGCCUGGGCCGGGAGCGAAAUUUGAAAACAUCCAAUGCGGAACUGAUGCCAGCCUUUCUUCCUUUCUCGGCUACCAGUUACUGUCGUAUAGAAAGCGGGUGGGGGUGGUCGGAGCAAACGGAGAAGAAGCAGUUCCACCACGGAACUAAGUGCCUCCAAAAUGACGGAAAGGCCAGCGUUCAGUCACCCUCGGGACGAUGGAGAGGGAAAGGCCGUCUGCCGGCGGACUUGGCCUUUGAAGUUUCUGGCCAGUGGUUCCCGCCGCCCCUACCCCCACUCUCCUCAACUCUUUAUGGGAAGAUGGAGGAAGGUGAGGGAAGGGGUCCCAUUUCUGGCCUUGGGAAGGAGGGAGGAGGCCAAGCGGCGCUGGCUGGGCCAGAGCGACCGGAAGACUGUCGCGAGACGCCGGGUUGGGGAGGCGAGGAGGCUGCAGCGGAGAGUGGGCACUCCAGCCACGAGGUGCGCACGCACCUAGUGUUCGCGCCGGCGCUACGGGACGCCCAGCGCAGGCCCCAGGCCGAGCCAGCUCUCGAAGAGAGAAAUAGGCCCAGGGAACUGAAGAAAGAAGGCAGACAGAAGGGCAGCACUCAGUCUGGUGCCGACCCCCAGGCGGUCAGCGCCCCAGGCGGGCGGAACCGCAGGAGGGGAGCACGGGAAGUCGCCCCCGGGUGCCCCAGCAGCGAGAGAAGGGCUGCAACUGGCGAGCGACUGGAAGCAGGCGAGGCCCAUUCUGGGAGCCGCCGCGCUGCGAUCCGACAGCGCCCCGGGGAGGAGGGGCAGGUGAGACCGGCGGGAGCCCGGCCCGGGCGGACGCGGAGGAAGGUGGCACCCGCGCGGACCCGCCGCCCCGGCCCCGUCCUCGCCCCCGCCCCGCGCCCCCGCCACGCUCGCCGGCGCCAGGGGAACCAGGACGCACGGGUCCCUUCGCGCCCCCGCGCCGUCGGCGCCGCCGCCCCAGACCUAGACGCUGCUCCCGGAGGCCUCCCAGGGCGGGGGAGAGGGCGGCAACCGGCAGCAGCCUCACCACAGGCCCCGGCGCCGUCACCUCCGUCUCCAGGCUCGGUCGUGCCCACGUCCCGGGUUCCUGCAGCCUUGGAAGACGCGCGGAGGACGGCGCGGUCCGGAGAGGUAGGUAGACGCUCCCCGCCUCCCACCGGCCGCCGGGGGCCGGGACCACGCAGUUCGGAGCGGCGGCGCAAAGAGGCCUCUGGGGAUGGGCGGCCCCCCGGCCGCACUUUGAGCGCCGAGAGGCCGCGGCGGCGGUAG